GGAAGUACCUUCUGAUGCGUUCAUUUUGAUUGGCUCUACAUCUCUGUCGGUACCCCGCUGCAGUCUUAUGCCGCUCAAAGAGAUAGAAUUCUAUCUCCUCUUGGAAUUGUCAUAAUAUCGUCAGCGGUUACCGACUCCACUAUAUAGGCUGCGCUGGUCUCCGUCCACCAGUUGCUACAUUGAAAGUCUUUCCUCAUAUUGCCGCUGCGCCGAUACACCUCCGCAUUAUUUCCCUCUAACUCCGUAUACACAAUCAAACUCGUGUCUUUUCCAUAGAAAAAGUUCUACAGAAUAGACUAAGCUUCUUUGACCCCGACGGUACUCCCGAGGUCGCCACCAUGGAUUACACCUCGGGCCCCGUACCUUUGAACCUGGUACAUAAGCCGCCGUUUACCAUCGAAGCUCCCGGAUACGAGAAGGUCCCCGGCGAGACCGUCCCGCGUCGCCAUCCCCGAGCCAAGGAUGGCCUCAUCAACCGUCCCGCCAACGACAUACACACCGUAUUCGAUAUCGUCCGCCGCAGCGCGCGCGUCUACCCUAACCACCGCGCAGUCGGCUCCCGGAAACUUGUCAAGUUACACAAGGAGAGAAGGAAAGUACAGAAGAAUGUCGACGGCGAGAUCAAGGAGCUCGAGAAGGAGUGGCAGUUAUUCGAGCUCUCCAAAUUCUCUUACUUGACAUUCAAGGAGUACGAGCAGCUUGUGCUUCAGGUCGGCUAUGGCUUGCGCAAACUGGGCCUAACGCCGAAGCACAAGCUUCACCUCUUCGGUGCCACAAGCCUAAGCUGGAUCUCCAUGUCCCACGGCUGCGCCUCCCAGUCUAUCACUAUAGUCACCGCCUACGAUACUCUCGGUGAGAGCGGCCUUGAACACUCCCUCCUCCAGACCAAGGCCGACGCUAUGUACGUCGACCCUCACCUCCUCCAGACUGCUGCCCGCCCCCUAAAGAAGUCCAAUGUCAAGACCAUCGUUGUCAAUGAGCGCUGCAUAUUCGCGACAGGGGACGAGAUCGAAAAGUUCAAGCAUGCCCACCGAGAGUUCAACGUUCUGACUUUCGAGGAGCUGCGAAAGAUGGGCGAGGACAACCCGCUCGAUCCGGUGCCGGCGAAAGGCCCCGACCUUUGCUGUAUCAUGUACACAUCCGGCUCUACCGGUCCUCCCAAGGGGGUCUGUAUCACGCACGAGGCGCUCGUUGCUGGAGUUACCGGUCUCUAUACCUGUGUUGAGGAAUGCGUUAGCGACAAGGAGGAUGUGCUUGCCUACUUGCCUUUAGCCCACGUCUUCGAGAUGGCACUCGAGAACCUCGUGUUGUUCAUUGGCGGAACCCUCGGAUACGGUAGCCCCAGAACGCUCGCCGACUCCUCAGUGAAGAACUGCGCUGGUGAUAUGCGGGAGCUCAAGCCCACUGUCAUGGUCGGCGUUCCUCAGAUCUGGGAAACCAUCAAGAAGGGAAUCAUAGCGAAGCUCGACGCCUCUAAUCCUGUCAUCAAGGCGUUUUUCUGGUGCUCCUUCAACUAUAAGACCUUCAUGUCUAAAAAUAACCUCCCAGGAGCUGGCAUAUUUGACGGCAUCGUCUUCAGUAUGGUUCGGGAACUUACUGGUGGCCGACUUCGAUUCACCAUGAACGGUGCUAGUGGCAUCUCCGAUGACACCAGGCACUUCCUGUCCAUGGUCCUCGCCCCUAUGUUGGCUGGCUAUGGUCUCACUGAAACUUGCGCCAACGGCGCCUUGGGUUGCCCACUUGAGUACUCACCCAAUUCAAUUGGCCCCGUCCCUGCUGCUAUUGAUGUGAAAUUGGUCUCCAUUCCUGAUAUUGGAUACUCGACGGACGCAGAGGUCCCUCAGGGUGAGAUUUGGCUCAAGGGUGUUCCGAUCAUAAAAGAGUACUACGACGACCCCGAGGAGACAGAGAAGGCCCUUACCCACGAUGGUUGGUUUAAGUCAGGUGAUAUCGGCGAGUUCGAUGAGAACGGCCAUCUGCGAGUCAUCGACCGAGUCAAGAAUCUCGUCAAGACGCAGGGCGGUGAGUAUAUCGCCCUGGAGAAGCUCGAGUCUGUCUACCGAGGCACCCAAACCAUAACCAACAUUAUGGUACACGCCGACUCUGAACACUCACGCCCCAUCGCCGUCAUCGUACCCAACCAGACAGUUCUGGUAGAGAAGAUUAAGGGCCUAGGCGUAGAUGAGCAUAGCAUGCACUACGCCCCUAAGGUCCACAGCCUCAUCCUCAAGGAUCUCCAGACCGCCGGCAAGCGCUCUGGCCUAGCCGGCAUGGAAAUUGUGUCCGACAUAGUUAUCACCGAUGAGGAGUGGACCCCACUAAGCGGACUUGUCACUGCCACGCAUAAACUGAACCGGAAAGUCAUUCGUGAGAAGUUCAAGAAGGAAAUCGACGAGUGUCUGAAGAAUUCGCCCUAAAAGAAAAGAGAUAAAGCAAAAGGAUGGUAGCAUGCAAGGGAGAGGAGAACAAUGACACCGCUAUUAUGAUUCAUACCCUAGCUCGAAUGCUUUAUGUGCCUGUAUGGUAACUUUAAAUGUUCACUCGCCCCCAAUCACGCAUAUAACGUAGGUAGACUUUGCAUGAUAAGGACCAGGGCCCAUAAACAAUUUGGCUACAAGGAUUCGCAAGGUCUACCAUCAGAGCAUUUAGCGCCGGGCGAGCAGGAUGAUCUAAUAACGUUCUACAUCACGCGAAUACACUACAAAAUACAGA